ACUCAAUCGCUAGCAAAGCAGACGAUCACGUGAUCAUAAUAUUGCUAUGGACGCUAUCGUCUAUUGAACAUCAAGAAAAGAAAGUAAUUGAAAGUAGUGUAAAUUAACUACAAUAUAACAAUUAAGGAAACAUGGGCAGACUAGCAGAGGUAGUUGGAGGACAGUCGUCUGAUAAAAACAAAACUUUCGUAUUCAUGAAUGAAGGUUAUACUCUAGGAAAUGCUUUGGUUACAGUAAUCACUCAGAACCCUGAUGUGGAAUUCUGUGCUUGUUUUGUCAAUCACCCAGCGGAGGGAAAUAUUUAUCUGAGGAUACAAGCGAAGAAAGGAAAAGCAAUAAACAUUUUAAGGAAGGGAUUGCAAGAUUACGAAAGGAUUUGUGACCAUACUCUGAAAACUUUUAAUGCUGCCUAUGAUCACUUCAAAAGUUCUAAAGACAUGGAUACCACCUGAUGUUUUAUAAGAUAGCUAAUGUAUAUAAAAUAUUUUACCUGUUUUACACUAUAUAACAAUUAAGCAAUAAAAUAAUUUUUCGAAAGACUUAAAA